AUCGAAGCCUUCGUAGCAAGCUCUCUCUUCACUUCAGAGGCUCAUAGGGAGAACAAGAUUAGAGAGCAAGAGAUGGCGGAGCCCGUUGCGCCCCACGUGCUGGUGAUCCCCUACCCGUCCCAGGGCCACAUGCUCCCCCUCCUGGAUCUCGCCCACCUCCUCUCUUCCCGCGCCGGCCUCGCCGUCACCAUCGCCGUCACCACCAAGAACCGCCCCUUCCUCGACCCCCUCCUCUCCCGCUCCCCCUUCGUCGCCCCCCUUGUUCUCCCUUUCCCCGACUACCCGGCCCUCCCCCCGGGCCUCGAGAACUCCCAGGACCUGCCCCACGCCUUCUUCCGCCCCCUCAUCCACGCCCUCGCUGGCCUCCAAGACCCCCUCAUCCGCUGGGCCCGCUCCACUCCCCACUCCCCCUCCGCCAUCAUAUCCGACCACUUGCUCGGCUGGACCGCCGACCUCGCCGCCCAGUUGGGCAUCACCCACCUCGUCUUCUCCUCCUCCGGUGCCCUCCCCAUCGCCGUCUUCCACGUCCUCUGGCGCCGGAUGCCCCAAAGAUCCGAUCUUGACGACCCCAAUUGCCCCAUCUCCUUUCCGGAAAUCCCCAAUUCCCCUGUUUUACCCUGGCGCCAGCUCUCCUUUCUCUACCGGACCCACAUAGGAGGAGAACCGAUCUCGGAGUUCCUAAGGGAGGGAUUUUUAAAGAACACCGCGAGCUGGGGGUUCGUCUUCAACACCUUCGCCGAUCUGGACCGGGUCUAUCUGGACUACCACCGGAACGAUCUGGGGCACCCCCGGGUCUGGGCUCUGGGACCCCUGGCCCCGCUGGACGGCCCCGUGGAGCGUGGCGGGGUGGCUUGCGCCACCGCCGGGGAGAUUAUGACCUGGCUGGACGGCUGCUCGGAGGGGUCGGUGCUGCUGGUGGCCUUCGGGAGCCAGCAGGUGCUGGCGCCGCCGCAGGCGGCGGCGCUGGCGGCGGGGCUAGAGCUGAGCCGAGCGAGGUUUAUCUGGUGCGCGAGGGGGGCGACGGUGGUGCCGGAGGGCUUCGAGGGCCGGGUGGCAGGGUGGGGGCUGGUGGUGCGGGGGUGGGCGCCGCAGGUGGCGAUCCUGGGGCACCAGGCGGUAGCCGCCUUCUUGACUCACUGCGGGUGGAACUCGGUGCUGGAAGCGGUGGCUGCGGGGGUGGCGAUGCUGACGUGGCCGAUGGUCGCGGACCAGUUCUUGAACGCAAGGUUGGUGGUGGAGGAGGCCGGGGUCGGGGUAGCGCUGUGCGACGGCGCCGACGCGGUGCCGGACGCGGACGAGUUGGCCCGAGUCGUGGCCGAGUCGCUCGGCGAGUCGGGGAAGGGGUUGAGGGAACGAGCAAAAGAGCUGAGUCGGAGAGCUUUGGAAGCGGCACAAGAAGGAGGAAGCUCGUAUAAGGAUCUGGACGGGCUGGUGGCCGAGCUUUCCAAGGUUGCGGUCAACUGAAAUAUUUUGGUUGCCUUGCUACUUUUAUCAUCUUUUUCCUCGGAAUUAUGUAACACUACUACAUUUUUUUUUUGUGUUGUGGGGGGGCGGGGGGGGGGGGGGGGAAUACAAAUGGGCAUUUGCUUAAGGGUAUAAUUACACAUUGUGUGUUACGGGGUAGAACUCUAGUGUCUGGUCCGAAAAUACAAAUAAAUUUUGAUCGUGAUCGAUCUAUGCAUCA